GUUGGGCAACGAUUGCUCAUACUUAGACUUACCAAACAUGGGAAAUCAAUUGAUUUCCCAUUCCCAAGUCUCCUUUCUCAUGAACCAAACGGAGCCUAACAGCUCGUCUUGUCGGCAGCAUCUCACCCUGCCUUCAGGGACUUUAAUGUUUAAAGAUUAUGAACACUCCACGGCAAUGGGGCUGUUGCAGUUUGUUUGCCUUUUUCGGAGGCUCAUUUCUUUGCUGUUUUCCUUUGACUUCACAAGGGGCACUUGGUGAGGCAAUACGCUCACCCCUUUUAUCCAAGAUCGAAUCAUUCUCACCGUAGAUUCGUGUAAUUUAGAUUAUUAUUUGUAUUAGAAAAAAUUUUGAUUUAAAAAGAAAAAAAGAAAAACCAUGUAACAGAGUGUAUGCAAAGCAUUCACCAUGACAUGUUCCUAAAACAUCCUAUUACCCCUACAUCCGUGGACUGAGGUUCGGUUUCGCCUCCCCCAAUAUUACUUGUAUUAAAAAAUGAACACCCUAAUAUAUAUCCCUUCAUGAUUAAUUUAUCUUCUAUUUUCUACUAAUUGACCUGCCUUUUUUGACUGGGCCUACAAAAUAUACCCACAACUAACCUGGACCUAACUUCCUAAAAUUAUAAUUUGGCCCAAAAUAAAAUGAUAGAAAGAACGGAAAUGGAGUAGGCCGAGAUUAACCAAACAAAUGUCCUUCUACGUUAAGUGAUAAAACCCUAUUGACCUAAACAAGAAAAAAAACAAAAACUCUUAAACCCUUCUGGCGAUGAGAGUUCUGCAACCAAAACCCCCUGGAAAGGCAACCACUCAAUAAGCAUCAGUACCAAAAGCUCCUGCUGCUGAAGCUCUAAAUCUUUCUUGAGGAGUGAGCUCAUGCCUAAGUGUUGCUCAAAAUUGCAAGGUAAUAUUUCAUCGAAAGACUUCAUAUUCAUUUCUUUUAAGCUGAAUCUAGGGAUUUUUGGAUUCUCUUCAAACUGGUCAUGACCCAUUUGCAGAAACUCAGAGUGGCAUCUAUUCUCAAAUGGGUUUCUUUAAGUUUUUAUGAGAACCACCUUAGAUCAUCAGCAACCCCAUUUCAGCCAAUUGGGUCUUUCUCCAAUGCCGAAAGCCCUAGACUUUACAGAACAAAAAGGGCUUCUGAAGAUAAAGAUUCAGAAAAUUUGGAUAAGUCCUCGACUGGUGAUGAAAAAAAUGCUGGUCGAAUAUCUAGUUCCAUUAAAAAAGAAGCGGAAGCUGCAUUGCUGGAUUAUUUGCAUGGUACAAGAGGGUUACAGUUCAUGGAUGCAGAGAAUAUGAGUAAAAACUCGCCGCAUUUUCUGGACAAACUUUUGAAACGGGUUGAUAGUGAAAAAGAUAUUCUCAUGAAAAAGAAUAAUAAAAAAGAAAUUGGGCGAGAAAUUUCCCGGUUCUUGAGGUACCACCCUAUUAACGAAUUUGAGCCUUUCUUUGAAAGCUUGGGUUUGAAACCUUCUGAGUAUUUUCCUCUUCUUCAACGUAGUUUGAUGUUUUUGUCUGAUGAUAAGUUGUUGGUUCACAAUUAUACUGUUCUAUGUCAUUAUGGGAUUGCACGCAAUAAGAUAGGAAAGAUUUACAAGGAAGCGACAGAAGUCUUUCAAUAUGAUUUUGAGGUUUUGCUAUCAAAACUUAAAGCUUAUGAAAAACUCGGUCUUAGCCAACCUACUUUGAUUAAGUUUCUUGUUGCUAGUCCUUAUCUUUUAAUUGGGGAUGUAAAUGUGGAAUUUGUUAAGGCAUUAGAAAACUUGAAGAGUAUUGGAUUUGAAACCAAUUGGAUUGAGGGGAAUUUAUCGGCAGAUAGUUCUUAUAAUUGGAGCCAGAUGCUUGAAGUACUAAGGUUGUUUAGUGAGAUGGGUUGCAGCAAUGAGCAUUUGGGUGAAUUGAUUGGCCAGCACCCAUAUAUUUUAUUUGAGGGUUCAGGGGGAAGGACAAUUUCACUAAUUGGAUUGUUACUGAAAUUUGGAUCCACAAAGAGCCAGUUAUGUUCAAUGUUUCUACAAUUUCCACAGAUUCCAGUUGUGAAAUUCAUUUCAAAUUUGAGACAGUGCAUUUUGUUCCUGAAUGAGAUUGAGAUGAAGGUUUCAGAGAUUGGGAAGAUUGUCCAUUCCCAUCCCCUGCUACUGGGCUCGAUUUCUUUGAAAAAAGCUAACAGCUUACUCAAUAUCUUGAACACUGGGAAGACACGAUUGUGUAGAUACAUCCAGGAGAACCCACAAGAAUUGAAGAAUUGGGUUUUGGGCAAAAGAGUUGAUCCAUUUCCAAGCUCAGGAGAAAACCGUAUAUCAAAGACACAAAGGACUAAGUUCUUGUUAGAUAUAGGAUUUGUAGACAACUCAAACAAAAUGAAAAAAGCGCUUCGAGGAAAGGGAGGGGAGCUUCAAGAAAGAUUUGACUGCAUUGUGAAAGCUGGUUUGAGUCAGGAGGAUGUCUGUGAAAUGAUUAAAGUAAGCCCUCAAAUUCUUAACCAGACGAAGGAUGUCAUUGAAUUGAAGAUUGAUUUUAUUGUAAAUCAAUUGGGUUAUCCCCUGUCAUCCUUGUUGACCUUCCCAAGAUAUCUUUCCCAUAAAAUUGAAAGGGUCCAGCAUAGGAUAUUCAUGUACAAUUGGCUCAAAGAUCACGGAACAGCUGAUCCUGGGCUUUCCUUGAACACUAUUAUUUCUUGCUCAGAUACAUAUUUUAUAAAAUAUUAUGUAAAUCGUCAUCCUAGUGGUCCUCAAGUUUGGCAGGAUCUGGAGAACGAAAUUUAUUCCAAAUCCAAGUACUAAAGUAUACAUUGCUUUUACUGUUUCGUUU